CAGCGACCCAUUCUCUACAACCCUCAUGUCGUGAUGCUCUCGCAACGUCCUUCGCACCCAGAGAGUCACUCCCAAGCGCCAGCCUUUCACUAAGUGCUGUCGCUGAAUAUGACAAUUGAGUCGCGACAACGUUCUUCAUCGAAUAUAUCCAGUUCGUCCGAUCGACCCUCACGACGCCGUCCCCCGACCCCCCUCUCUGCGAAUCGUUUCAAUCUCGGUGCGCCCGGUGACCUACACGAUCUAUCCUCCUCCGCAGCCCUUUCCUCUCAAUCGCACCUCAGUCCAGCCAGUGGGACAGCUUCGCCAUAUCAGCUCCUGUCGCCAGGAGGUCCGCCCUACAACACCAGCCCGCGAGGGCGGGCCCAUACUGUCGCAGACCCCAACCUCGUCCAGCGCCAUAAUAGCUAUCGCAAGAAGCCCAAUAUGCAUCCAUACCUUCCACCUCCACCGCCCCAACCAACCUCCACUCCCGGCAGCCAUACCCUCAAUCUUCCUCCUCCACCUCCUAGACCCGCUGCGACACUGGGUACGCUGAACAUCCCCCCUCCGCCGCAGAACUAUGGUUGGGCGAGACCGCAGCAAUACUUGAACAAUCCUCAGUCGCAAACAUAUAACCCCAGUGCGUACCAGCAGCAGUCGUACGGCGGUAACAUCCCCCCUCCUCCCAGUGCGCCGCCUCCACACCAGCCCGAAGCUCCACUUACGUCCGCGACCUACAUACCUGGAGGAGAAUCAUUUGGGCCUGGAGUAGGAAUCCCACCCUUGCACACCUCACGGCAGCCUUACUCGGAAUCUUCAUACUACAGAGACGAACCUCAAACAUAUUCUGCCAAUACAGACACCUCCAACAGUGCCUUUUCGACGCUUCGAGACAAUGGAGGCUACGGGAAUAACACGGGGUACAAUUCUUCUCCGGCCCCUAAUCAGCGCCAUCUCAACAUACCAGCCGAGCAAAGCCAAAACUAUGACUCGCCUGGACCACCGACAGCCACUCUCCAGAACCCGCACGGCCUGAGCCAUGGUAGUGUUUAUCAUCGAUCGGAUAGCUCUGGGACGACGCCCGUCUCACCACAAGACGCUGCUCUGCAGUGGCCCCCGGACCGUGUGCAGAUAUGGUUGGCGAGCAAUGGCUUCUCAAGAGAUUGGCAAGAGACUUUCAAAACGUUGGAUCUCUAUGGGUCCAGGUUUCUUGAGAUUGGCCGAGGACAUGGAGGGAAUGGAAAUGUCGGUAUGAUGCAUCAGGUCAUCUUCCCACAGUUGGCCAAGCAGUGCACAGUAAGUGGUGUCGGGUGGGAUCAAGCAAGAGAGAGGGACGAAGGGCGCAAGUUGCGCAGGCUUGUUCGCGCCAUCGUCGAGACUGGGAGGUCAAAUACUGCCCGCAUCCCGCCUCGUUCUGAUACUGGAAUGACGCUGCCUAGCGCAGGGACCGACGGGACCGUGGAGAACUCUCCCUACCUCGGAAUGAAGGAAUACAGCUCUACCCCAACCACAGCUGGAGGCGGGGAAGACAGUCCAGGCCGUCAGAUGCCCAUACACUCGCCCAAUACCACCAGCAUACCAUCGAGAAGAAUAUCCACACCAAGAAACUUCACUGUACCAGUUUUAGGAGCACCACCAGAUUAUGAAUCGCACCGUAGCUCCUUUUCAAAAGAAGUCCUUCAAUCGCUUGAAGCAAAGACUAAGAAGCACAGCCCGAGUGCGUCCGGCGAGUUUGGGCCUUCUUCAUUCGGCAACUAUCGUGAGGCCAUGGCAUCAGCAAGCCCACAGCAGAGUCCUGGCCUUCAGCCUGCUCGACUUGCCGCGGCGAACAAUGGGCAAGGAGGCGGUAACAUGGGCCCACCAAGCAAUAGAUAUUACCACCAACACACCCCAAGCUCGGAAUCCAAUGGCUCCACGUUCGCCACAGCCGGCUCCGCAACGGGAGGAUCAGGACCUCCCUCCGGACGCCCCUUUGAGUCCCAUUCCGAAUCGCGACUAGACCAUCGCAGAAAUGGCCACGAAGGCUCGCGACCAGGUACUGGUGCAUCUAGGCACGAUAGUGCAGAAAUUACAGCCAGCGCAAAGGAGCACAAGGGCUUCUUACCCAAGUUCAUGCACCGCAACAAGAAGCACCAUGAAAAUCACCCUUCGCCCGAUGAUACAAGCAUAGAAUCGCCCACCAGCCCCGCAAGCCAUCGCCAUCCAGCAUCUGGUUCCUUCUUCGGAAAGACCAGUUUGAACUCGAGUGACAUAUCAAUCAAUAUUGACCGACCCCCCUCCAGGCGCUCCGCUCAGACCGAUUCAGACAGUAAAGCUACGAGCCUUGGAACCUCUGCCACAAGGGAUGGUGAUAGGAAAUAUGCAUUUGUCACACCUGACGGUUGGAAUUAUCGAUUGGUUGACAUAACGAAUGCUUCCAGUGCACUCUCUCUUCGGGAAACCAUCUGUGAAGGACUCGGUCUAACUCAUGUACCUGGCAUCGAGCUGCACCUUACAUUUCCUGGGCAGCUAGAGCAUGAGGAAGCCCUCACCGAUUCGAAGCUAAUGAAAGCUAGAUCGCAAUGGGGCAACAAAUUCGGAGAUCUCAAAUUCUACCUCGCUGGCCCUCCGUCCAUGCCUCCAUCUGCGGGACUGGGUGUUUCGUUCCCCGUCCCUUCCGCUCGUCCCAUUGACGAGCUAACCUAUGCACGACUUAUUGCAGACUCACAGAUAGAUUCCCCCGUCGUGAAAUCAGAAGAGUCUACUUUGGUCCCAGAUAAGAGCCAGGCGCUGCGAAAGCAGGCAGAAAAGGAGGGUCUUAGCCCAGAAGCUGUUCCGGAUCGUCUCAACCCCAACUCUGGCCGUCCAUCAGAGCCUUCAUGGGCUGCGGGAGAUGAUCUUCCAGAAAGCGAGCGGCAGAGGAUACUCGAGGCAGCUUCGGUAGAGUAUCAGCGUCAGAAUAAGUUGAAGCAACAGGCGUACACUGCUUCGCGUCAGAAAUUGGCAAAAGAGUCAGUAGAUCCAUCGUCUGCUACCUCUAACAACUUUGGCUUCAGAAGCCCAGGUAUCAUUGAUUUUGACGAACCUCGCAGCUCCCCGUAUGAAGAGAGGAAACCGCCGUUCGACGAUCGGAAAGCGAUGGUUCCUCUACGCGUUGCACCCCCCGUGCCGAAGGAGGAUACCAGCACGUUGAUAAAGGCUAACUCACUUUCAAAGAGCAAGAAGGACCGCACAUCCUGGCCUGAAUCGGAGGAAUACGAGAACAAGAGACGUUCGACUGAAGCGGACUCAUCCAAGAGGAAGGCUAUACCUCAAGGUCCCACAGCUGGUUCUAGCAUUGCUGCCGCAAUCAUUGGAGCAGGAACCCUUGGCGGCUUCAUUGGAGCAGCCAAUAAGGCAGGACCCAGAGUGCCUCCUAAAGACCCUUCAGCAGACAAAACGCGGGCAUCACAAAAGGUCCUCCAGGAGAACAAUUUCGGGCAAUCUUCGGGAUCGGGAAGGAACAGUCCAGGUGGGUCACCUCGCAGAUCCGGUUCUUUGACUAUGAGCAAAGGCAAUGUACCGUUCAAAAUACCUGACUAUGAGGAAGAUGACUCCGAGAUGUUCUCAAUGGAAAGGCCAAAUCUCACGCUCAGAAUGCCGAGUGCGCCGAACCCCGUCAUUUCCAAGAUAAUAGAUGAGCAGACCACCAGGUCGCAGUCACCAAACGUCAGUCCCCAUACACCACAUCCGCCCGAGUCCACCUUGUCGCGCGAGUCAUCCAGGAUUUCCAUGUACGGGCCAAGGCAUGUCUUUGAAGAGACCCGAGUCUCGUUCCAUUCCAAAUCUCCAAUGGUCGAAGCGAACUCUGAUUCGGACGACGAUUCCGAAGACGGCCUCUUCCAACAACCUCUGGCGCGGGCUGGCCCUGUUACGCCAGUAGAAGAUUCGGCAGGCAUAGCAGAUGAUGAUGCUCGUAGCAGGCGACCAGCGUUGACGUUGGAGACUCCACGGUCGAAGAAUUCCUCCGAGAAAGGAAAAGAACAAAAUGGACAAGUUGACGAAUCGCGUGGAAAUGACUUCCAUCCCGAAUCGGCACACUCGCAAACGUGGACCGACUCACCCGAUGACGGUCAUCGAUUCAUGAAUCGUCCAGAAUCCUUUGCUAGUGAUCUAUGGGCAAAUCGUCCUCCUGCCGAAGCGCUUGUUGAACAUCUCGACGAGUUUUUCCCGAACGUAAAUCUUGAUCAGCCUGUGGUCGAAGAAGAUUCCAACGACACAGACGCCUCGGAAGCGACCAGCGAGGCCUCGGCCUCACUAUCGGCCUCCAAAGACAGCCGCUCUGUGACCCCCAUGUCUUCAUUCGAGGACAUGAACCCCAAGCCCAUCAACCUCAGUCGAGGAUCGACCGGAAUGCAGUCAAUCGCCCAGCGAAACUUGAGGAAGUCAGGCGUGGGUCUCGGGCGCACCAAGUCCAUUCGUGAGGUGGUGAAGUCGCAAUAUCAACCCCUAGAAAAGAAGCCACUUCCGAGUCCAAACACCGCCGGUCCAUCUCGUAUUUCUACACUCAGCAACAGUACCACUAUCAUGCGCAGGAAGUCGACAAAGAUGUUUCACGCCAAGAUUGAGCAGGUCAAGCCACCGCGUGGAUCGCGCUUGAUCCAACUCGAGACAAUUCCCCAAGAUCACCUCCCAUUACCACAGCGACAGCCAACUUUCAAAUGGAUGAAGGGUCAGCUAAUCGGUAAGGGUACUUUCGGCCGUGUCUACCUUGGUAUGAAUAUCACAACUGGAGAGCUUAUUGCGGUCAAGCAAGUCGAGGUGAACCCAAAGGCUGCAGGAUCAGACAAGGAGAAGAUCAAGGAGUUGGUCAAAAGUUUAGAUCAGGAGAUCGACACCAUGCAGCAUUUGGAUCAUCCCAAUAUUGUCCAGUACCUUGGAUGUGAACGCAAAGAGUACAGCAUCUCCAUUUUCUUGGAGUACAUCAGUGGUGGUUCAGUCGGCUCUUGUCUCCGUAAACACGGAAAGUUCGAGGAGUCUGUCGUCAGCUCUUUGACCCGGCAGACUCUGGGAGGGCUGGCCUAUCUUCACCGUGAAGGAAUCUUGCAUCGCGAUCUCAAAGCGGACAACAUCCUCCUCGAUCUUGAUGGAACUUGCAAAAUUUCUGAUUUCGGCAUUUCUAAGAAGUCAGAUAACAUCUACGGCAAUGAUGCGACGAACAGCAUGCAAGGUUCCGUUUUCUGGAUGGCUCCAGAAGUCAUCCGAUCCCAAGGCCAGGGCUACUCCGCCAAGGUCGACAUCUGGUCACUUGGCUGUGUCGUUCUCGAGAUGUUCGCUGGUCGUCGCCCUUGGGCGAAGGAGGAAGCCAUCGGGGCAAUCUAUAAGCUCGGCUCUCUCAAUCAAGCACCGCCUAUUCCUGAAGAUGUUUCAAGAGUGAUUGGUGUCGAAGGCUUGAGCUUCAUGUGGGAUUGCUUCACAAUCGAUCCUGCGGAACGACCGACGGCGGAUACAUUACUCAGGGCGCCAUUCUGCUUCUCCGACCCCAACUACAACUUCUUGGAUACAGAGCUCUAUGCCAAGAUCCGUGGUGCCUUCCAGUGA